AAGAGGAAGUAGGAAAGGGACAGGAAGGGCAAGCAGAUCAGCUGGAGUGAGUGGAAGAGGAAGAGCAGUGGGUAGAGGAAGGGGAAUGGCCAGAGCAGGCAGAACAGCAGCAAGCAGUGGAGCAGAAACAAGUGUAGCAGUCAAAAUCAGCGGUAAAGCAGAAGUGAGUGGAGCUGCUGUUGGGAACAAAUCAGCAAGAGGAAGGAUGGCAGGUGGAAGGAGAGGCGCGACAAGAGCGGGAAGAACUGCAGGACCCAGCAGUGCAACCAGGGGUAGACAGGCAGCUAGAGGAAGAGGGACUAGAGCAGCACUUGGAAUCUCUGAAGAGGACAGAGUGAGGGUGGAGAGGCUGCAAGAGGAAAGAAGGUCACAGACCCAGGAGCAGAUCUGGAACAUGGAUCCAGAUGACGCUCGUAGACUCCUAGUCAGAGUCAUGGACAGAGAACCUGGCCUCAUCUUUGAUGUGCUCCAGCCAGCUGCUCAGGGAACAGAAAUACCAUUACAAUGUGUGCCUGGAUGGUGCAGCUGUUCAAGGUGCAGGGAAAUGGGAACUGACUUGGAGAAUAAAUGUUGUGGGAUGAUGGAGGCCACCUGCAUCAGUAGAUUGCCCCACAUGUCAAUGUUGAAAGCUCUCAAUCCACUUCAGUGGGAUUCAACUCAAGAUAAAGUCCACAUUACAGCAGCACUGGGCUUCCAAAGCAAGGGGAUGAAACAACAGGUUUGA